AUGGCUGCCACACUUAAUAUCGCGAGCCUCAAGCAAAAAAGUCUUGACUUUGUGAAUCUGAUCGGCAACGAACAUGAUACGACCUCGGCAAAAAUUGUCAGUCUUCUCGCUAGGGAGUUCGCAGUACAGCAUGCCGAGUUCCCUCCCUCAGAGGGAGGUCGCGAUGCCUUUUUGGCCAAGCUAGGAGGCAGACUGAAGCUUGCCAAAGGGCAUGCAAGCAUUGAGGUGAAGCGCGUGGUUGCAGAGUUGUUCGACGACGGGUCGAAGGGCGGGCAGUCCUGGGUCUAUAGCAGGAAAAACACCCCAUUUGGAUCGGCUGACAGCGUAGGUGGCUACUGA